AUGGCCACCAGAAACGUCGUCGUUGUGGGAGCCGGCGUAAUCGGCCUGUCGACGGCCCUCGUGCUGUCCAAGCACCGCGGCCUGGCCAUUACUGUCGUCGCCAAGCACAUGCCCGGCGACUAUGACAUAGAGUAUGCCUCGCCCUGGGCUGGCGCAAACUACUUUCCAGUAGCGAAGCCGGGCUCUCUUCUGCAGCGCUUGGAGAAAGCUACCUGGGCCGAGCUUGACCGCCUGUGUCGCCAUGUCCCUGAGGCCGGCAUCCACUUCCAGGACACCAAAAUCUACGGGAGAGCCAAGGAUUUCGGCACUGCUACCGGUCAAUGGUUCGAGGAACUGACAAAGGAGGAUGCGUGGUUCAAGGACGUCGUUCCCAACUUUCGUGUCCUGCCCAAAAGCGAACUCCCACAAGGCUGCGACACUGGCACCCACUUCUCCUCGGUAUGCAUCAACACAGCCGUCUACCUGCCCUGGCUGGUCGGCCAGUGCGUAAAAGCCGGUGUGGUAUUCAAGCGUGGCAUCCUCUCCCACAUCUCUGAAGCCGCCAGCUUCCACCCCUCGGGCCAUGCCGACGUCGUGGUAAACUGCACUGGUCUGCUUGCUGCCACGCUCGGCGGCGUCAUGGACACCAACGUGUACCCGGGCCGAGGCCAGGUUGUGCUGGUUCGAAACGAGCCCGAGAUCAUGCUCACGGUUAGUGGCACUGACGACGGCGGCGACGAGGCUACCUAUGUUAUGCAACGUGCAGCAGGCGGAGGCACCAUCCUCGGCGGAUGCAUGCAGCAUGGCUCGUGGGAGAGCCAGCCUGAUCCCAACCUCGCUCAGCGCAUCAUGCAGCGCUGUGUCGACCUGUGUCCAGCACUCGUGCCCAAGACGGGCAAAGUCACGGAGCUCAGCGUCAUCAGGCACGGCGUGGGUCUGCGGCCCAUGAGGAACGGCGGGCCCAGAAUCGAAAAGGAACUCAUCGACGGCAAGUGGGUGGUGCACAGCUAUGGACAUGCCGGCUACGGCUACCAGAGCGGCUGGGGCAGUGCAUGGGAGGCCGAGCAGCUGGUGUUGGGCAUUCUAGACGACAAGACAAGAGCGAAACUCUAG